AGGAGCUUGAAAACUUCCUGUUCAAAAACCAUACACCAAAAGAGGUCCGUGCUGAUGUUAUACACCUGAAAACAUGGAGCGGUUGCUUUUCAAUAUAUUUGGUUUAAUGAUGCUAUCAGAAUACUGGCUAAACACUGUGGAAUGUCAAAGUUCGGGCCAUUUAGCGAUCAGUACAGUGAUGCAAGGUCCUACCACAACCGGCAACAGACACAUUGCCAUAGCAUCCUUUCAAACUGUCCAUGACAGUACAAAUGUCUCAUUUACUCACCCAAUCGGCUUCACCUCGUCCUACAGCCAUUCAAUCAUGAGCCUUGACGUCGACGUCAACAGGAAGAAGCUGUAUAUUUAUGACCGGUACACGGCUGCCAUUUACAUGAUGAGUAAUUUUACGGCUGAUAUGGCUAUUGGUAAUUUCUCAUGGACCCUACUUCAUGCCGGUGUUUCAAGGGGAUUUGUGAAGUUGGCUGUUGACUGGAUUUCCAACAACUUAUACUGGACUGAUCCCAUGUAUCGCUGGAUUGCUGUACAAUCUCUGGACAAUUACGGAAUGUUCAAAAUAUUAUUCCAUUCGGAUGUUGAAUAUCCUAUAGGAAUCGCUGUAGACCCAAUUCAUAGCUAUUUGUUCUGGAGCGAUGCAGGAUCAACUCCUAAAAUUGAGCGAUCAACACUGACCGGAACUGAUCGUAAAGUUAUCGUAUCUACCGGAAUCCUGUACCCAACAGCAAUUGACGUCGACAUCGCUAAUUCUAAACUUUAUUGGACGGACGAGAGCCGGGAUACAGUUGAAAUGGCAAACUACGACGGGUCUGAAAGAAAAACCAUCAGGAGACUAUCACAUUUCAAUUUUUACGAUAUUGCCCUAUUUCAGGACACGAUAUUUGUUACGGCAUUCCUAACGGAUAAUAAGAACCAGAUAAUAAUUAUGAACAAAACCACGGGUGAAUUAGACAACAAUCUUCCCUAUUUUCACCUGACAAAUCCCGACGUUAGCCUUGAAGUUAUAGCGGUGACUGUGGUGUCGCAGACAACACAGCCUUUGAUCACAGACCAUUGCGCGAGUAAUCCGUGCAGCGAUAUUUGUGUGAGCGGACCGGCCGGGUACAACUGUUUGUGUCGAGAGGGUUUCCUGCUUCAAGUCGGAGUCUGUGUCGAAGACGCGGGCCCAUUCCAUCGAGGUCUGGUAUGGUCAACACUGACGGACAUAUGUGUGGCGGAUAUAAGAAGUAUCAAUGACCACGAUCGGUACAUUGGGGCCAACAAGACGUGUAAAUACGGCGUGGGAACCGCCAUUUCUUAUGUCGUUGUUGAUUCGCAUGGUCGUAAAAUCAUUUACAUAGAUGCAUAUACCGUUAAGGCAAUUAGCAUUGACGACAUGAGUAUUGUAGCGACACUUGUUACUGCCACAGAGAUAAUCACAGGUCUUGCUGUAGACUGGAGAGACGGGAACAUCUACUGGUGCCAAGGAAAUUUACAUGGCGAUGGGCAAAUCUGGGUUUUCUCACAAACAGAUAUCACUUCAUAUAAACUGGUUGACAAUCUUGACAAAGUGACCUCAAUUAAUAUCGUUCCAUUGCAAAGCGCUAUAAUAUGGAUAGCUGGGGCAGACCAUGAAAGGCAAAUCUUCAGGUCUCAGCUUGACGGCACGGAGAUAACAGUUUUAGUCACCAAAGACGAUCUUACGUCACCGGUGGAUCUGACCGUCGAUCUUGAUAAAAACUUGGUUUACUUUAUCGAUGACGAGUUCAUAGAAACCGUUCGGCUCGACGGGACCGACCAUAAAGUCCUGUCAACACCCAGUAUCUGGUCCUCUACCGCUUCGCCGUCCAGAAUACAAACGUAUAAGCAUUACAUGUUCAUGGUUGAUAUGAAUUACAACACAUAUGAGCGGGAAGUGGACCUUAUAGACUUGCUGGACGUGUCGAUUGAAGGAACACUGUCGACUCUAAUCAAUGUUACUGACAUUGAUAUACUAGAUAUCACUACUCAAGCGAAACAAUACGGUCCAUGCGAUGUAUCAAACGGUGAUUGUGAACACAUCUGUAUUCCCAUUGGUAGGAAUCGCGUUUGUAAGUGUGAAUACGGCUUUACACUGGAGGCGAACAAGGAAACAUGCUCCUCGCAGCCUCUACUGAACGACUUCAUACUCGUUGUUGAUUGGACACACAGCAAUAUAUACCAAGUAUCCUUAGUGAGUGGUGAGGCCCGAGGAUAUGACUCUGAUAUGAUACAGAAACCGGCUGGAAUAGAGUACAACCAUCUGACCAGGAAGGUGAUCUGGGGAGAUACAGGCGACUAUCUCUUACAACAAGCCAACCUCGAUGGUACCGGUUAUAAGGUUUUGGUCGAUGUUGGAAUGUAUAAGGCACAUCCUGGCCAAGUGGCGAUUGACUACAGCACGGGGAAUUUAUUUUACACGGCUGUAAGGACAGACGUAACCGGGUUUUCAGGGGUAGCCGUUGUAACGCCAAAUGGCAUACACAAGAAAAUUGUCGAGUAUGGUAAAAAUCCCCGGGCCAUAGCGCUGGAUCCGGAACUUGGUAUAAUGUUCUGGACUGAUUUCGGGACGACACCCGCUGUCCUAAUGCGAGCUAACAUGGACGGGUCGGAUAUGGUCCCUGUGUACGACAAGAUGGUGUGGCCAAACGGCAUUGCAAUCAAUACAAAAGUUAAGACCGUGUUUGUAACGGACGGGCAUGAGAGUUCUAAUCGGAUAUACGCCUGCACGUUCAAUGGUUUGUGCUCCGUGUUUCACGAGGAUCCCGGGGCGCAUCUCAUGGAUAUCAAGCUGUUGGACGACUACCUGUUUUACUCCGCAUGGAACAAAGCGUACAUUACACGAAUAGAUAUCCACACUAAGGAGGUUGUAAAGUUUGCUGAGAACGCCGAACUUGGCAGACUGGAUGCCAUCGCUGUGUUCAAUUCUUCUUUGUCUGAACCAGUGUCCAGUUCGUGCAGCCCGAAUAAUGGCAGGGCUGACUGCAGCACACUUUGUCUUCCAAACGACAGCGGAUAUACCUGCGCAUGCGCAGAUGGCGUGUCCUUAUUACCAGAUGGGAAGACGUGCUCGGAUGUUACCACCACAACUACGAAGACAACGUCUACGACAAAAACAUCAAGCAUAACAACCGUUCCAACAACAACAACAACUACUACCAAUACAUCCAGGAUAACAACUAGUUCAGCGCAACGGUCUAGUACGAUCGUGCAGGGAUCACCAAAUGACGCAACGAAGGGCGCUUCCCUGGUCCCGUAUAUCGGUGGUGGUGGUGCUGGAGUCGUUCUGGUGCUGAUUGUUGCCAUCAUCAUCGUCUGCUAUGUACGGAAAAGGAGGCAAGCUGGUGAAGGUCCACGGUAUCUGUCCGACAAUGAAAGGGUCGCCGUCUAUCAAGGUAACAACGUCGACAUUCGCCGACCUGAGAGUGAGGGGUACGAAACACUAUCUAUACCUCAAAUCCGGGAACGGGAAAACCAGGCAUAUCAGUCGAGGCAAAGUCACGACUACCUUCACUUUCCCCAACUAGAUUCAAUGUAUGAUGCAAUACCUGCCGACUUCGCCCCACCCCCUCCGUAUGAGGCUAACAGGACCGACCCACCACUGACGCUGCCCAAACCUCACUUCCUCAACUUGCAGAGCACCAAGGAGAUAGGCGCCGUACCGGACAUUUUGCGACUACCAGCGGUAAGGAGCGUGCAUACCACCUCUGUGCCGCCGUCGGAAGCCAGAGAUAUCCUUGUCGGCUCGGUCAGAAGAGAGGUACCGGGCCGGAGACCAUACAUAUCGGGCCGGGAACCAGACGAAACAAUCCGAAUGACUACCAGUACGUCCGCUUAGGCCGUCAAUAGCCGCAAAGACCAUUUACCGGCAUUCACUUCUCAGUCGAUCGUUGCUGACACUUUAUAGAAAAUACUACGUAGGGUUAAUGGCAUAUAAUGUGGCAAAGAAAGGCAUGCUUAGGUAUUGUACGUAAUGAGACUCUAUUAGGAUAACAUUAGCAGGUGUUGAAAAGAGCAUUAUACAAUAAUUUGGAUGGAUUAAAAAGAAAAGAAAAAUAAUACCUUUAAGUGUGGAUGUAAAUAAAUACCGUCUUUUGAACAAUUAACAUGUUUCAAUGUGCACAGAGAUAGUAUAUUCUGAAUAUUUGUGAACAUUCGUGUAUGCUAGCCUUUAUUUCAUUUUACUGGAGAGUUUCAGAGAUAUUCUAUGUUGGUUUAUAUAUUUGUGCUUUGUAUUUUGCCGCCUACUUGUAUACAAAUAUACUAACUAUGUACAAAUAUAUGUAAAUAAGCGAGCCGUUGUGUACGGACGACAAGUGUUAAACUAUUUUCAUGAAAAUAACGUAACAUCCCACUUGUUUCACUUAAGUCUUUGAUAAGCCAAAUACCAUAAGAAUGCCAUUUCCGCGCUCUGUGCAUUUUAGAAGUUUAGAAACCGGCAUAAUUUAAAAUUAAGUAUCUCACUGUUUACAUGAAAAUAUUUAUAGAACGAAUUUGCUUUUUAGUUAAUCGUUUAAAUGUCACACUCGUUUUGAUGUCGUCAUUAUGUUAUAUUUUUUCCAUGACGUUAUUAGUGAAACAACUUCAUUUUUUUAGAGAAUCAAGAUAAAAUGAAUAGAGGAUAUUUAUUGAUUUCAGUGUAAGAUCUCAUAGAAAAACAUAUUUUCACGAGAUGCGAAGCCAGAGAUUAGAUCAGAUUUCACACUGAAAUCAACACAUUAUCUUUUUCUUCUAUGCUUAUUUAUGGAGCUUUAUUAGUAUUUUUUUUUUAUAAAUGCCCCCUUUUUGAAAACAAAUGCUUUCUACGCCGCUACUCGGGGGACGCCCCUCAAGCAAAAUUAUCGCUGAUGACGUAGCUGUUGUUGUUUUUUACUUCGUGUUGUUCAAAUAAAUAGUACUCCGAUAUUUUUUGAUAGUUAUUAUUUACUCGUGAUUUUGUUCAAAAAUAUUAUGACCAUUAAUCAAUAAACUUUUAUGAAUGCA